CAACUUCACUGUGGUGUGAAAGAGAUAGGCAUUCAGUGGUAUCUGCAUUUGGAAUUUUAAACUUGGAUCUUCUCCCAGGAUCGUGAUAUUUGAUCCACCUCUCUCAGUGCUGGGCGGGCAUCGCAGCUCCUGGUCAGUUCUGGGAUCUAGAGGGGUGACAUCCGACCUCCACAGUGUGCUGUGUCGCUGGGCCUUGGAAGUCGGGUAGAUGAAGAGUCUGUGCAUCUUCUGCUGCUGUCUUCAGUGUGGGAUGGGUUUGUGGAGGUGUAACCCCGUCCUUAGUGCAGGGGCAUUUGUACGGAAGCACACAUAUCCUGUUGGUUCUGUUUCUCCAGACUGUGGCUGGAUCAAGGCCACCUGGUUAGAGCAGGGUGACAAAUCUUCUCAAAGUCAUGUUCUGCAGCUGUAGGUCUGGAAAAACUUGUCCAUGGAAAAGCUGCUGCUGUGGGUGUGGGUCCCCAGAGAUCUGUGAGCCUCUGAGCUGUGUCUUCAAGGGUGGGGGGACCGUGGAGGCAAAAGUUCUGUUUGGUUCAAUCUCUGGCCAAGUGUUGGGGAAAUAGCUCUGGCCCUUCCUGUGGGGAACAGGACCUCUAAGGUGAGUCCCAAGAUGCCUUGUGGCUUAGACUUCCCUUGAAAAUUCUCGGUACUCUACUGGAGAGUAUUUGAAAAUGCAGAAAAAUAACUUUGCAUGAAUACCAUACAAUUUUUUAAAAAUUUCCAGUUUCUAAUUGCAGUAGCACUUUGGGCUAUUCUAUCAUUCUUUUCAUUAACAAAAUAUCCAUCAACGGAACCAAGUUUCAAGUCCCCAAAUGAAGUUGGUUUGCAGCUUUUACAGUGCUCUAGGGGGAAAAAAAAGCGCAGAUCUGCUUUCUCGCUCUUUGUCUUUUUGAUACGGGGUACUUUCUCUACUUGACUUUUCCACAAAGUUUCAUAUAAAUGAAACCAUGUAACAUGUAAUCUUUCGUGUCUGAGUUCUUUCACGUGGCAUAAUGUUUUUGAUGUUUAUUCUUGUUGCGUAUCAGAAGUUCAUGUCUUUUUAAUGACAAUAAUAGUCCAUUGUACAUAUGGACAGAACACAUUUUGGAUAUGCAUUCACCAUCUGACAAGCAUUGUUAUCUCAUUAUAUUUUUUUUAGCCAUUAUGAGUAAUGCUGCUCAUAAUAUAAGUCUUUUCUAGAUCUACAUUUUCUUUCCUCUUGGUUACAGACCCAGGACUGAAAGUAUUGUGUUUUACAGAAUGUAUAUAUUUAACAUUAAAGAAACUGCCAGAGAGUUUUCCAAAGUGGCUGCAUGUUCUUAUCUUCCUGCCAGCAGUGUGGGACAGUUCUCGUUUCUGUACAUUGUCACCGAUACUUAGUGUUGUCAGUCUUUUGAUAAAGGCCACAUUAGCUGGUAUUUUGCAGUAUCUCGUUUUGAAUCUGAUUUAUAUUUUCCUAAUGCCUGAUGGUGUUGGGCAUCUUUUCCUGGGUUGAUUAUUCAGUUAUGCAUCUUCUCUGUUAAAAUGUCCAUUCAAAUCCCUUCUCCAUUUUUAAAUAGGGUUAUUGUCUUGCUGCUGUGUUGUAAACAUUGCAUUUGUGACUUUUAAAAUUGUGUUGAGGUAGCAGCUUCUGUUGGGGAAAGAUACAGCUUUUCCUUCUUUUUACUUUUGAAACUAAUGCAGUGAUAUUCUUCAACCUAGUUAACAGGGGCUUUUCUAAACCCUUGUGGAAGUGGCUCAUUAUGUAGAUGACAGAGACAGUCACUUAAAGAUGCUGAUGCCUGGGGCUGUGAUAUAGACCUUGGCUCUGAUAAUGUCCCAACACUGUGCCAAGGACAUUUUCAAUUGACAGAUUAUUGGUGGUGCUCCUAAGUUGUCUUAUACUCUAUUUUGCUCAGUAUCUGGGGAGUUUUCUCUGUUUCCCAUUUAUUUUUGAGUGCCUCUAGCACUGUGUGGGCUGUGGCUAGAAAUACCCCAUGUAAUGUGCUUGCUCUUUGUCUUGGAGGGAAGAUGCACACAGGCAAACCUGACCAGGUGAUGAGGAGUGUGAUUAAGGGCAGUGAAUGGGUACCCUGGGCACCCUGCAGUGCCAGAAAGGGCUUGCUUAAGGCAUGGAGAAAACCCCCCAAAUCAUUAGUAGAUUAAGGGUCCAUACCCUGGUGGCUUCCUAGUGCCAGGCCACAAAUGGCAGCAAAGCAAAGUUGGGGAAAAUGGGAGGGGGAUGUUUUCAUAACCUAUCCCUCAUAUACAGUAGCUUGUGUAUGAAUAGGAAAUGUAAAUCUAGGCAGGUCCUGGUAAGGGCUUCCUCUAAGAGCUGAUGAAUUAUUGCUUCCGGGUCACUGCUGAAUUGAAGUAAGGAGCUGGAGUUUGAGGUUAGAGAUACACUGUGCACGGCUGAUGAGGAAAGGCUAUGCAGUCCCCAGUGCCCUCCCCCCAGGCAGCUGUGUCCUUCAGGAGGUGACCCUGUGGGAUUGGAGGCUGCCUGCAGGCUUAGGAAGAGAAGUUCCUGAGAGCGGGAAUGUCUUGGGAGACCUUUAGCAGGAGCUGGGGCUUCCACUGGGGCAAGAUGAAGGGAGAGGAUUUAAACACUGAGAAAUCAUGGUGUAGAAGGUUCUGUGAUGUAGAGUCACCUUCAAGGAACCACCUCGAUCUGCAGAAGCCUCCUGCGAUGUGUUUCCCACUGUUGAUCGCCUAGGACAAAGUUACAGUGGUUUCAACAUGUCCUGAAUUCUCAAUAGUUCAUUACAUAGUACAAGAUCCCGAGCAGAGAUCCCAACACUUUGAGAUUCCCAGCACUUUGCAUGGAUACUAUUUGAGGCAAAGGAAAUGCUAGUGCCUUGCUUUGAUUACACAGGUGCAGGAUUAUUGUGCUUAGUUCAUAAAUAAAUGUUGUAUGUCACUUACAAGAAAAAUGUCCAACAUUUAGAAAAAAGUAGUAAGUAGUCAAGGCCACUUGUAUUGUUCUUGUCCUCCAGUUUGCAGAUGGUGACAAUAGUGAUGACAGCUUUGGGGUCGGCAAGGGAAAUAGCGGGCAGAGGCCUUGGAAAGAGCCUGGUUGAGAGGCUUCCAGAUGCUGGCCCUAUAGAGAACUGAUAGAGCUGCACAGUUCGAUUCAAGCUGAACUUCUGGAGAGACAAAGCUCUGUGUGCAGUGGAGUUGGUCGUGCUGUGUCCAGGAUGCAAGAGGACCUUGGCUGUGGCCAUGUUUAUGGGCCGCUGGGGACAGCUUGUGUCCCCUCGGUAUACAGUGGAGCCCUGCGGUCAUUUGAAUGUGCUGGAACUCUGGAAUUGAAAUGAAUCCCCACUAUGAGAUAGUAAGAGUUGGGACCAGGUGGGACCUUUCAGAGAUGAUGAGGGUUUUCCCUUUAGAAGGGGAUUAAUCCAUUUGUGUGAUUAAUGGAUUCAUGAGUUAAUGGGUAUUCUGAAGAGGGGGUCUGCUAUAGAAGCCAAUUUGGUAGCUCUCUUGUGCAAUCCCUGUCUUGGGCUACGUCCCCUUGUGAAAAAGGCCGUCACUAGACUCAGCCCCUGAGCCUUGGAUCAGAACUGUGAACCAGAAUGUGCGUGUUGUCUUUGUAACUUGCCCUGUCUGUAGAACUGUGACAUGAGCAACAGGAAAUGGCCUAAGACAGGCUCCGUGUGGGGGAGAAUCAGUGCAGAACUGCGGUCACGGUGUGGUAGGUGAGUACGGAUGCCGUGUGGGAUGGAGGUGGUUUUAGGAAGCAACCUCCAAGGUGAAGUGAAUAGUAUUAACUUGUGCUGUAGGAUCCAGAAAUCAGUCGACAGAGCCUUUGGAGGUUACUACUCUGGCUGGCUAGGCUUUUAAAGGAUUCCCAGACAGACAAGUUGUAGAUCUCCAUUACUAUUUUUUUCUUUUUUUGAGAUAGGGUCUUGCUAUGUAGCCCGGGCUGGCCUUAAACUCACUGUGUAGCCUAGCCUGGUCUCAAACUCAAAGCAAUCCUCCAGCCUCUGCCUCCUGAGUAUAGAGAUUACAGGUGUGCACUGCCAUACCUGACCUCUCUGUCACUGUUUCCAAAAGGAGAAUUCCUUGUUGAAUUUGGUGUCAUUUUGUUGAAAGUGGUGAUACACCCCAAUAUUUUCAUCAGUGAGCAAAGCAACCAGUUUUCAGAGGUUGACUUCCCAGAAUUAACAAGUCCCGAGACAGUGCAGUGAUGGGUGUGUGGGAAUCACACAGCCUGGAUGGAUGCUGGCCUUGCUAUGCACUUUAUAGCUGUGAUUAUGUUAUUUUUCUGAGCCUCAGUUACUUUAUCUGUAAACAAGAAUAUUUGAAUUACCCAGUUCUGAAGGUUGUUGACCUAAAUAGGGUUUUGUUUAAAAUGAGUGCUCAAUAAACACGAGAAUCCUACUUAGCGAUAACGUACUGUGAUGAGCUACUUUCCACUCAUUCUUUCUUGAAGAAGCAUUUUUGGAGCAUUGGCUACAUAUUGGACAAUAUCUGGGUCUGUGCUAGGCAGUGUAGUAGCCACAUGUGGCUCUAUUUCCAUAAAUUAAAAUGAUACAGAUGAUUAAUGCUUUUCCUCGGUUGUCCUAGCCACAUUUUAAGUGCUGGAAGGCGACAUGUGGCUGGCUGUGUCUGCCAUAUUGGAGUAUGCAACACUGAACAUUUUCAUCAUUUGCAGAAAGUUGUCGGACACCUCUGAUCCCAAGGCCAGGGCUAUCUCUGAGCAAGACAGUCAUUUGUGCUUGAUCUAAACAUGGAGUUUUGAGAAAUCCAAACUUGGAUGGGUUUAAUUUUCUCCAAGGACUGACAUGAGUACUGGUGGCUCAGAACUAAUUAGUAGAGGUCUCACAAGGUCUGGGCACAGCCUUCUCGAUUCAUUUGUAAGCACUCUAUUAUUAAUAAGGAGGAGAUGUGCUGGGGAAAGUUUCCUAAAUUAUCCAUGAGAUUUGGGGAUGGAGAACUGGAUAAAUGAGGCUCCCCUCUCACCACCCCACCUUCUUGUAGUUUAAUCCCAGGACUUUGGGUGAUUGUUGGCACAGAUCAGAGUAGAAUGGUACCCUGGAAAGAGCUCAGCUUUAACCCCUCAGCAGGUACCCUGGAAAGAACUCAGCUUUACCCCCUCAGCAGUCCACUGAGGGACUGGCCUUUUUGGUCAGUGUAGAGCAGAAAAACAAAGGGACUUAACAGAACACGCAGGAGGACAGUGAGCAGAUGUGACUUAGACACCAGGUCUCUCAAUCCUGCAAGAACGUCCAAGAACACUUAGCAGCCAAUUCCUGACUACCUGGUGGAGGGGAAGAAUUCUGAGUUCACGGCAAGGUGGCUGUGAUAGUUUGGGUCAACAAUGUACUCAAAAGGCUCACAUUCAGAGGUGGGGUUUGGGGAAGGUGAUUGGAUGAUGGGGAAAUAAACUCAUCAAUGCAUUAACCCAUUGAUGCGCUCUUGGCUGAAUGGGCUCUUAUUGGAAAAGUAGAUACUUCCUGUUUCCUUUUGAAGACUGUCUUUUCCAUAGUCUCUUCCUUUCACUGGGGCUCUUCUCCUGCUUCCGCUUCCUGGCUACCAUCUGCCAAAUACUUUUCCUCCCCCACACUCUUCUGCUGUGAUGUUUCUGCCUUGCAACUACCCGACCAUGGACUAGAACCUCUGAAGCUGUGGGAAAGCUAGCAAAUACAGUGGCUUUCUGCUCUGCUGUCGCAUACUGUGUGACUUUGGAUAAGCAGGAGUUCUGCCUGUAUUCCUCUUCUCUCCAUUUUCCCCAUCCUUCCCUUUGUUUGAAGGGAAAGGCUUGAUAAAUACUGGAGCAUACAGCCUCAACUAAUACGUAAUUACUAUUUUGCUAAUUAUUAUUGCAUUUUCCCCUCCCUUUGAGUCCCAUUAACGUUGUGAAAGCAAGAUCCAUUUGUGUGAGCAUUCCUUAGGGAGCUGCUGCGUUCCAGCUUGCAAGAGCUGGGAGGAAGAGGUAAGGCUGUGAGCACAUGCAUGCCCCAGUCAGUGUGCUUCUGCCCGGCAGGCGACUCUUGAGUGCAGUCAAGGGCAAAGUAACGAUUUUAGAUGACUUGUUAUUUAAAUGUGUCCCUGGAAGCUCUGCUGUCUCUUCCAUGAAUAUGAAUAAUCAAAGUGGAUGGUGGAAAAUGAGAUUUGUUCUUCUCCCCUGUCUCUUUCUCCUUUCCAAAGGAGCAGGGAUAGGAGGAGGAAAACUCAGCAAGUAUAAAAAUAUAGGGGGAAAUGCCAUGUGGUUUUGUUUGUAUGAGCUUCUUCUCCCUCCAGCACUGCCCACAGGGACCUUUGUUUAUACCUCUGGGAUGCUUGCUCUCACAGAGUCCUGAGGGACAGGUUUGGAGCCCUGGGGGAUGUGGCCUGUCUGAUUUAAUAUGCACAGCUGUUCACAACAGGGCACGCAGGCAGCCUGCUGUUUCUCCGGGAGGCCUGUGGGUACCACACUGCUACAUCUGUGGGGUGAGAUUUAGCGGCUCGCUCUUGCAUGGACGCAGCUGCCUCUACCCACAGCUUGUGGGUGUGGGGAUUCCAGGAGCCUCCCCAGUGGACUCUGGCUCUUCCUCUUUGCACCCCCUAGUCCCAGGCAUGCUUAUGCCGACAGAUUCGCUGUCACAUUCAGGGACCAGGGAAGCCAGGGGGACUGCACCAGGUACGUCCUUUGACAGGAUUUCUCAGCGUGGGUGCUUCCCAGGCUUCACACUGCUGCAACUUUUGUAUCCCCACCCGUUUACCGAGGGCCUUCAGGUGGAAGGCAUCAUUCUAGGUCAUGGGAGGCGGAAGAAGUGAAGAAUGUGGGAUGCAGUAUCUGCUCUGAAGGAGCUUAGCAUCCAGCCGGAAUUCACCUCUCAUUUUUGAAGAAAGGAGCAUUAACAUGUUACAGAGCUCAUCUGGAGCAGCAGGCGUGGAGUCCAGCGUGGUACAAGUGUGACACCACAUAGCCAAUCUCUCAGGCAUCGGCAAGAACGUCAUCUGCGACCGCACGGCCACGCCGCUGGACGCCUUCCGCAUGAUGUCGGCGGCCCACUACUACCCCAAGCUCAUGAGCAUCAUGGGCAACGUGCUGCGCUUCCUGCCGGCCUUCGUGCGCAUGAAGCAGCUGAUCGAGGAGGGCUACGUGGGGGAGCUGCUGGUGUGCGAGGUGCAGGUGCACGGGGGCAGCCUGCUGGGCAAGAAGUACAACUGGAGCUGCGACGACCUGAUGGGCGGCGGCGGGCUGCACUCGGUGGGCACCUACAUCAUCGACCUGCUCACCUUCCUCACCGGCCAGAAGGCCGUCAAGGUGCACGGGCUGCUCAAGACCUUUGUCAAGCAGACGGACCACAUCAAGGGCAUCCGCCAGAUCACCAGCGACGACUUCUGCACCUUCCAGAUGGUGCUGGAGGGCGGCGUGUGCUGCACCGUGACCCUGAACUUCAACGUGCCCGGCGAGUUCAAGCAGGACGUGACCGUGGUGGGCGCGGCCGGGCGCCUGCUGGCCGUGGGCACUGAUCUCUACGGGCAGCGCAACAGCGAGGCCGAGCAGGAGCUGCUGCUGCAGGACACCACGCCCGUGAGCAACUCGCUGCUGCCCGCCAAGGCCUUCAGCGACAUCCCCGCGCCCUACCUGCGCGGCACCAUGAAGAUGAUGCAGGCCGUGCGCCAGGCCUUCCAGGACCAGGAUGACCGGCGCACGUGGGACGGGCAGCCACUCACCAUGGCCGCCACCUUCGACGACUGCCUGUAUGCGCUCUGCGUGGUGGACACCAUCAAGAGGUCCAGCCAGACUGGCGAGUGGCAGAACAUCGCCAUCAUGACUGAGGAGCCCGAGCUGAGCCCCGCCUACCUGAUCAGCGAGGCCAUGCGUCGCAGCAGGAUGUCCCUGUAUUGUUAGCGAGGACCUGGUGGGGACCGGGGAAAAUGCAUAGUGGGGGAGAAUACAUGGCAUCUAAGGAGGGGGACCCUGGCCGGUAAGGGACCCCAGACAGUGUUGGUGGACCCCGAGCCCUACCUGCCAUGGCCCCUGCUGGGUGUUCCCAUCAGAGGCAGAGGUCGAGCAGCCCCGGCUGCUGCCCUGCACUGUGAGAAGCAAGGACAGGUCACUUCCCUCCCUCUCAUCUGCCCCGGCCGGGUGCCUCGGCCUCCUGCAAGGCGUGUGUCAGAUGGCGAGGUCACGUCUCACACGGCUCUAGCAUGCCUGUUAGUCCAGGGAGGAAGUUCAGAUUCCAGGAAGCCGCUUUUGAUUCCACUUAAGGUAUCUGAAGGAAAAGUAGGUGGUGUACCAAAGUGCAGUUUCCUUAACUGGGAAGUGGAAGGGUGGCUGUCUGGCCUGAGCAGAGCCCAGGUUCUCACGGGCUAAGAGGUGGGCGGCACAGAAGGAACUGUCCCUCUGAGCUCUUCGGCAGUGGGACAGACCUGAAGAGUUUCCCUGGAAGGGAGGGAGAGAGGAAGCGGUGUCCAUUGCCACCUGGCUCUCAGGUUGGCGCCAAGAAUGCCACACUGCAAGGAGGUCUAACUUAGAUGUGUUCGUGUGCCACCCUCCAGGCCUGGGGACAGCCCCUGGCCUCAGAGUGACUUCCCAAACUGAAGGGGAAAAGCCUCACCCUGGAGCUGUGUUGGGCUUUACCACCCGUCUCUGGUUAGGAGUGGUACCCAGCUUUGAGGAUGUAAAAGAGAAGCCUUCUCUUCCACUCAGAUAGAAUGCCUUUCCCUUAACGAGAAGAGGCGAGGUUGUUUUUUUCCUUUGCUUUGGCCCUGGCUCUCAGGAUGUGGACACCUAAAAACUUGUGAAGAGGUGGCAAGCAAAAGGACAGGCACGACCAUAGUUUUCAGGAUUUCUAAAUUGGAGGUGUAGGAUUCUCAGAGAAGAAGUUUAAUGUUGGGAAAAUUUCUACUUUCUCUCCUGUUGCUUUUUCCCUCUUCUUAGUGUUCAUGAGUGAAAAUAGGCACAAGCUGAAAGGAACAUCCAGUCACAUGCAGAUGUGUGUUUUAAUGGUUCUUAUCAAGAGGCACCAAUACCAUCUUUUAAUAUUCAGAUCUGGUCUUGAAAGACUAAGUCAAGUACAUUCUGACACUGGGAUGUUAUGUUUUUCUGAUUUUUCACUCCUCAUGAGACGUUUGCCCGGGUUAGGUAUGGAUGCUAUUCCUUGUAAAUCCACCCAACUUUUGUUCACAGACUCGCUGUUACAGAGCAGUCUUUGGCAUGUGGUAGAGUUUGGACUUCUUUGUAGCUGAGCAGCAGAACUAGAAGGAAAUUUAAUGGACCUGGCUCCACCCUCCAGGCUUUAUUUGAGCAGGUAACGUCUAUAGGCAAACAGAUGAUUGGUUGCAUCCUCCAUCCUCCCCUCUGGGGUCAGUUCAUGUCAAAGCCCCUGGCUACUCACAGGCGCUCUGUGAAUAUUUCCACACCAAAGGGAGGGCGCUCAUUUUCUAGGAUGGAGGAGUCAGGCUGGCUCUCUGCACCCUCCUCCCCUGCCAGCCUCCCUGCAAAGGGGCAAAGUCAGCUGAGAUGCCACAUAAGUCAUCAGGGUCCCUGGUGGUUGACAUGGUAUGGUCAGCAUUUCCAGUUUGGCAGUGAUCAGUUGACUGGGUGCAGAGAAAGUAGAUGACUCUGUGGGCCUCAUUUUCUAAGUCACUUAUAGAUAUACCUGGGGAUUCAAUUUUAUGUUUCUGUGCUUAACUGAUCCGUGAGAUUCCAGCUGCCUCAGGGCUCUGUGAUACAUAGCCAUUGUCUAAAACAAAAAUUUUCAGUUGAGCUUGGGAGAUACAAAAAGAAUAUACUUUAACAGAAGCAUGAAAAAAUAUUAGUAUGUGGACUCAAAUUUUAGCUACUGAAAUGCAUGUAGUAGGUAGAUGUGGGAAUGAGGAAGAAUGAAGAUCUAGGUUGUUCAUUUUCAAAAAAUAAUGCAGUGGUGAAGAGAUUCCUUCUGCUCCUCUCUGCCAGGAGCAGCGCUCUGAGGCUGACACUGUAAGCCCUCACCAGUGUCCCCAGGACUAUUUCAAACCCAGUACACUUGGGAAUUUGGACAUCAUCCCUAACUUUGAUCUUGAACUGAGUCCCAGCAAAAAUCCAGCCCCUUUUGCUUUCUUUCAGGUGUUGCAAGGGCUGGAUGGAGGCAACACGGUGCAGUCUCCCCCUUGCCUAUCUCGGCCCCAUUCUUCCAUAGAUCCUACUCUUUGCUGUUGGUCAGGGCUUUUUUUCCAGGUGUCCACAAGUGCUUGGGCUGUUGCACACUUAUUUAGAAAGUUCAGAGUCUGUGACCACUGUCAGUCUCUCUACACUUCUCCCCUCCCUGGGAAAGUGGCACUGUGGGAUGCCUCUGAUGUACCCUGGCACACCUGAUCAUAAAUGCCACCGUGUCGGGUUAUCUGGAUUUUGCAGGAGCCAUCUUGGCUGAGUCUGGCCAACUCCCAAGACUUCUCUGCUGUGUGCACAGCAUUCAAGUACGUGAGCUCCUGCGAUCCAUAAACUGACCCUAGGCUACCAGUCCCUUGACACAGAAAAAAGUAACCUGACCAGAGUCACACAACUAGGAAGCAAAGUAAGCUCACUUAAUCCAAAACCUGGCUUCUUUCAACCAUAUUUGGGCUUUGGCUGCUCUUCCUGGGCAGGAAGGGUGCUCCCUGUCCAACCCUUAGAAGGUCAGCUGCAUGAUAAGAGCAGAUGGAGACCUCCAACACUCUGCUGAGCGGGACACCACCUCUGAGCUUCUGCAUGAAGCUUUGAACAGAAGUAGUUGAUUCUCCCCCUCCUUCCCAGAAUGAAAAUAUCACUCAGCUUCUUUUCAAGUGGAUUUUCUACAUUAAUUUUUGAUUGUAGGUCACCAAGCAAACCUCAGAGUCAGGAGUUUUCAAAAACACUGUGGUCUCUUAUAGAUGGCCAUGGACUUGGAGGGGCCCGAGUGUAACACAGGAAACCUUUUCUCAGGAAGCCGGGCUUUUAAGGUUCAUUUGCUGUGAUCUGGAGUUCAGCUGUGCAUUUGAGCCCUUUUAGUCCUCACUCUCCUCAUCUUGUCCAGUAGCUACAACUAUUGAAUUUGACCCGUGUUUAUAAGUUAGCUGGUGAGCACAGGAGGAAAUCAGCUGAUAUCCUUGGUCCAAGAAAAUCCAGUUGCAUGUGAAGGGAUUUCAGAGUCUAAUAUAGUCAGUUCUUGCAUUUUAUAUCCCAGAAAGAAUCAGUGAUGGCUGAGGACACCCCACUUCUUCAGUGAUAGGAAACCUGGCUCCACAGCCCACUCUGCUGCAUACUGCUGAGCUUUCAGUUAGGGACAGGAGACUCAGAGAGGGAAGUGACUGGUCACAAGGUCCCUGGCUAGUUGGUGGAGAAGUUAGAAUUGGGCAUCAGGCUGUGUCGGACUGUAUUCCCCAAGCUACUGCAGAAGCUCAGUUAUGUCUUGAAUGUACUUAACUAGCUGUUUAAAAUUCUCCAUUGUGGCUGUAAGGUGAACCAUUGUCUCUAACUUGUGUUUUAUUUGGCAAGGAUGGGGGCAUCCAUUCAGAGGUUGUCCCCCCGUGGGCUGUAUGGAUAUUGCUUCCUCUUCCCGUUGCUGGGUACAAACAUAGGCUGUGACCAGUUUGGAUUCUUACUCCACGGACUGCUUAUUUUGUUUGGCCAUCAAAGCCCUCGAGUUCACAGCACGGAAGUCAUGACACUGGAGAACUUGCCAGAAAACAAAAAUCAGCUAUGAGAACCCUGCUUUUCAGUUCCAUGGUAGGGGUGGGGAAGAAAGCUGGGAAGGAAAAGCUGGGUGUGUCUGAAGGGUGGUUCCAGAGUCCUCGUGGGCUUCAGGCUCUCCUGGCCUGUCCUACCCUGAGCAUAGAAGCAGAGGACUGUCCAGCUUGCCCCAGACUUCUCCCCUGUGCUUCUUUAAAAAUGAUGGGUUUAGUGGUCCCAUUAGAAGAUGGCCGUGAAGCCAGUGCUGUAUCCGAGUGACCAUGGUUAGGAAGGGACAGUAGCACCCAGCUGACCCUCUUCUCCUCUACGUCGUGGGUCCUAUUGGCUGGAGCCCUUUAGUGGCCACCCAUGGGGCUGGCUCUCCCCUUCAGGCUCCAGAAGUAUUGCAUUACUGAGUACCCUCAAAUCUGUGCAGUCCUUUGGGUUCACACCAGCAGUGGACCGAGUGAUUCAAAGAUCCUACUAAAUGCAAUGAGUUGAUGCUUCACAGGGCAGUCAGAGCCCCGCUGGGUACGGAGUACACGUCAGCCAUGGAGCCACAUGUCCUACCUCUCCCCUUCCCCAUGCGCUCUGGCGUCUGCUGCAGCCACAAGGGCUAAGUUACUAAAAGAGCCCCGUGGUUUCGCCUUGUAAAACACAGCGACUUACUCAUUUUGCCAGUGGACUCCCAGGUUAAGAAACAAAAGCUGUGACCUACCCAUUCCUGGCUGCUGCCCUGAACCUUGUCCAGGGAGACAUAUCUUGCAAUUGUGGCUUUCUGUUUGCUGCCCGGUGCUUUUCAGUUGUUUUGUGUGUAUGUGUGUGUGCGUUUUUAAAACCAAAAUUGCAUCGUUUUGGUUGUCCUCAUUGAGUAUAUAUUUAUUGUGUUAUACCAACAUGAAUAUAUAUGUAUGUAUAUGUAUAAAAAAUAUAAAAAGGCAUGUAUACUAGAUAUUUUAAACAGUUAUUUAUCAAGGGAAAAAGAUGUGUGUUAUAAAGUAAACAGAGUCUAUAUUUUAUAUAUAAUGUAGAUAGCAAAAAAUAGCUUAUAAAUUAUAGAAGGUUUUGGUUUUCCUUUUUUAUUAUUAAAGAAAAAAAAAAAAGACAGUGCAAGUGCUGUUAGUGUUUUAAAGGCCAAACUACUAUGGGAGGUGAACUUCCUGUGUGCCCUUGUUACCUGUGUUAUGCUUGGGCUUGGACUCCCCGCAUGGCCAAAUGGCCUGGGCCGCACCAGAUGUGGCCUCCAGCUGGUUUCCAUAGUUCGCAGAGGUGGGAUGAAAGGAUGCAAGUGGCAAAUAAAGAUUUCAAAGAAAAUACAA